UCUUCGUUCCAGUAACAUGAAAUAAGUUUGAAACAAUAUAUAGUUUUCAAUAACUACAAAAGCUUGUAUUUUUACUUAAAUUUUUUUUAAAAUUAUUUUCUCAAACAUAAAAUUUGUAAUUUUACUGUAUUUUAUUUAUUUUCUCAUUGUGUGUACACUUAUUUAAAUUCCUUAAUUUCUGUGUUGUAUUGAAAAACCAUUCAUGUACGGAACUCUGCGAUUUUCAGUGUUGUGUAUUUGAUAGUUAAACUAGACUGUCGAAUCUGAAUGAAAAACAUGAGACAUUUAUCCCAGGUCACUAUACUAUGGUUUUUGGCAUCGGCAAGUUUAGUAACGUGUACGUCGAUAUCGAGUCUAUUUAAUGUAAAUUCUGAAACACAGUUAUGCGCCCCAACCGAAUUUUAUUGUUCAGAAAAAUGUAUAAGUAGUUCAAAAAGGUGUGAUGGGGUUUCUGAUUGUCCUGACGGCGCAGACGAGUCGAACUGCGAAUCGAUCAAAUGUUUAGCACCCGAUUACUACAAAUGUGCAAAUAACAAAUGUAUAUCCAGUUUAUUUGUUUGUGACAAAGAAAACGAUUGCGGGGACGAUUCAGACGAGGCUCAUUGUCAUAAUAGAGCUCCUACAAAACCGUGCACGUCCGGAGAGUUUAAAUGCUCAAAUGGCGCUUGUAUUCCUUCGGUUUGGCAUUGUGAUGGACACGUGGACUGUGACGAUGGUAGUGACGAAGACAUGGAAAAAUGCAGAGAAAAAGUUUUGUGCACGGAAGGAUUUUUAUGUAAAAAUUUACACUGCGUGUCGAACUUUUGGCGAUGUGACAAAAAAGAUGACUGUGGAGACGGUUCAGACGAAAUUGAUUGCGAAUUAAGAAUUAUCGAUCCCGAUCAGUGUUUGCAAGCCAAUAGGAAUUUUUUAUGUCACGACCGAAAAAAAUGUCUUAAUGUGGAUAAUGUCUGUAAUGGCGCAAGUGAUUGUUUGGAUGAAUCGGACGAAGGAGGAAUAUGCAAUAACACCAUUGCAUUAGAAAAAGAUUGUAAAGAGGCCAAUUGUUCCGGUGUUUAUGAAUGCUUAAGAAAACCACACGGCGUAAUGUGCGUUUGCCCAAAAGGAACCAAUUCUAUAAAUGGCACUUGCAUAGAUAUUAACGAAUGUGAAGAAUUUGGCAUGUGUGAUCAAUACUGCUUAAAUUCAUACGGCACUAACGUAUGCACUUGUGAUCCAGAUUAUGAACUUAAGGACAACCAUACAUGUAAAAUUAGAGGCGAAGAACCAGUUUUAGUGUAUUCGUCGCUGCGACAGAUUAAAUCGUUGAAUUUAGCGACAAAUAAAAAUAUUGUGCUUGUAGACAAAUUGCAACAUGCAACCGGAGUCGCCGUAGACGGGGAAAAUCUUUAUUGGACUAUUAUUUACGAUGGAUCACAAGCUUUAGUCAGAUCUAAUAAAAAUGAAGAUAGAAGGCCCGAAAUAAUCGUCACCUCGGGAUUGGGAACACCCGAAAAUCUUGCCAUAGACAGCAUGACGCACAAUUUGUACUUCACCGAUGCCAAAAAGAAACACAUUGGCGUUUGCAGCAGUGAUGGAACGACAUGCACAGUUCUUCAUAAUAAAGACAUAGACAAGCCACGAGCCAUUGCAGUGUCACCAUCUGAUGGUUACAUGUAUUGGUCUGAUUGGGGAGAAAAACCAAUGAUUGCACGUUCCGGUAUGGAUGGUUCUCAGCCAGCACCAUUUGUAACUCAUGAUAUACACUGGCCGAACGGCAUUCAUGUCGAUUAUUUGGGAAAGAGAAUUUAUUGGGUGGACGCUAAAAUGCAAAUAAUCGAAUCUAUUAAACUAGAUGCGACUGACCGAAGGACUGUCGUGACCGAAUCCGUGGACCAUCCUUUUUCGGUCAUUGUUUUUGAAGACAAACUGUACUGGAGUGACUGGUCGGGAAAAGAAAUCAAAGUUUGCAAUAAAUUUACCGGUAGAGAUUGUCGGAGUGUCGUGCGUGAAGCCAAGACCAGAAUUUAUGGAAUGCAAAUUUACCACCCAUCGUUGUUUAAAGCUAAUGCACACAACCCUUGCACCGAUGCAAAAUGCAGUGAUAUCUGUUUAUUGGCGCCGAAGAAGAACGGCAAUCACAAAGGGUACACGUGCGCAUGUCCUGAUGACAAAUUGCUAGCUUCUGAUGGACGUUUCUGUAUAGAUAUGGGCUUUCCUGCCACGUUAAUUGUCGGCACGUCAACGGGUCUUUUACAAGUUGAACACGAACAUUUAGGUCGGCAAAAGACAAUUGAAAUACCGCUGAAAAACAAAAUUCCCAGAAUAUCCGCCAUCACGUACAACUCAUUAACGGGGGCCAUCAUUAUAUACGAUUCCAAGUCCAAGAAAAUAUCAAUGUACGAUGUAUUUAAGAUGAAAUUAUUAGAUCUUGUAACAUCGGAACUCGGUGUGAUACAUUCGUUGAAGUUUGACAACUAUGGCAACAACUUAUACUGGUGUGAUUGGGGAAGAGGUACAUUAGACGUACUGAGUCUCACUACUAAAACCCGGACGGUUCUUUUGAGCGAAGUUGACGGGUAUAUCCCCAUUGCCGUCGCUUUAGUUCCAGAUCAAGGUUACAUGUUUGUGGCCAUGAAAUCCGAAUCGCAUUUACACAUUGAUCGAAUUCAUAUGGAUGGAUACGUAAAGUCGCACGAACACAUUGUGGAAAUGGGGUUGAUGGGAGAAGAAAUGGUUCUUCAUUUCGACAUGACCGCAAGACGACUGUAUUUUACCGAUUUUAGAAAUGGAAUAAUUGAAAGCGUCAACCAAGAUGGAUUGGACAGAAGAAUAAUCAAGAAUGCUGGAUCCGUUUACGAUCUAGUUACGUUGGGCGAUGAGUUAUUCUGGGUGUCGAGAGGCUUGAAGCAUCUCUACUGGAUGGAUAAGAAUGACGGUGAACAGUCAUCUCGCAUGUUUGAAAUAGAUGUAGACAAUUGGAAACUGGAUUCAAAGUUGUGUUUAGCCGCUAUGAAGGGUACCGACAAAAAUAUUCAACACCCGUGUCAAAAAAAUAACGGUGGAUGUAGUCAUGUGUGCUUAGUAUCUGGUAAAGGAAAGACUUGUGGCUGUCCAUUGGGAAUGUUCCUUUCAGAAAAUGGACAGAACUGUACUGCUUUAAAGCAGUGUUCCGUUGAUGAAUUCCGUUGCUCCACCGGUGAAUGCAUUUUGUCUAGAUUCAGAUGCGAUGGUAUUGUGAGUUGUCCACACGGGGACGAUGAAGAUGUCGUAAUGUGUCAGCAUUUCACUCCUAACAUGUGUCCGAAAACCCAAUUCUUGUGUCACGAUCGCUCCAAGUGUUUAGAUAAGAAGUUGUUGUGCAAUAAAGUCAAGGACUGUGCUGACGGGUCCGACGAAGAAGAAUGUGGCCUAAAACAUAAAUGCGAUCCAGAGUCGGAAUUCCAUUGCUCUACCGGGCAAUGUAUUCCACUAGGUUUUCUAUGUGAUGGACAUCCGGAUUGCGGCAAUGGCGAGGACGAAUUCAACUGCGAGAGCCGCACUUGUCACCAUAUGGAAUUUAGGUGUAAAUCCGGGACGUGCAUCUCUGCUGGAUGGGAAUGCGACGGACAACCCGAUUGUGCUGACGGUUCUGACGAACAUAGCACUUGUCACCUAAAGAAAUGUAAAGCUGACCAGUAUAGGUGCAGCAAUGGUCGAUGCAUAUCACAUAAAUUUACAUGCAAUGGCGAAGACGACUGUGAUGAUAAUUCAGAUGAAGAUGGAUGUCCUCCAGUGUAUAUUGGCAAUUCCAAGUCAAAACCAACAAAACAUUGUAAUGAAAAGUACGAGUUCGAAUGUGAUAACAUACAUGGACGGUGUGUUCCAAUCGAAUCUAGGUGUAAUGGUACUUCUGAAUGUAAGAAGUUUGAAGAUGAAUUAAACUGUGGAUGCCAAACAGAAGAUUCUUUUGAAUGUGACAAUAAACGUUGUAUAUCUAAGGCAUGGAUGUGUGAUAAAUUUGAUGAUUGUGGCGACCAAUCGGACGAAACUGCUAAAGCCUGUGAACUAUCCGUGCACCGUACUGCUAUAUAUGAAGAAGGUUGUGAAGGUUAUUUAUGUAAAAGUAGAGAAUGUAUUCCAUUUUACCGAGCUUGUGAUAAAAAAAUCGAUUGCAAAGACGGCAGUGACGAAGGAUCACUAUGUGGUAUGGCUUGCCAAAAUAGUAACUGUACUCACAAAUGUCUGGAGACACCUAAAGGCGGACAAUGCGUGUGUCAAUACGGUUAUAAGCUUUCAUCCGAUGGCGUAAGUUGUAAAGACAUCAAUGAAUGUGAAAAUAGGAAUACGUGUGCACAGUUUUGUACCAAUUCCGAUGGGUCUUACGAGUGUUCUUGCUUAAACACAGACUUUAUGUUACGACCAGACAAACGUUCAUGCAAAGCCCUAGGACCAAGUAUGGAUUUAGUGUACUCAGUUGGGAACGAGGUUAGAAGUGUGUCUGGGGAUUUGAAGGAAAUCGAACAGCUUUUUGAAAGUCCCGGAGUUAAAAUUUCCGGUCUCGAUAUCGAUACGAGGAAACAGUUAAUCUAUUGGACUUCAGACGAGGCCGGUAUUUUGGUAGCUAUGAAUAUGAAAGCAGAACAUAAGGUGUACAUGAAAGAUUUGGUUCAUCCGUCGUUAGUACGUGUUGAUUGGAUAACAGAAAAUGUAUAUUUCGUAGAGAACUUCCAUGACAUUGUCAUUUGCAAUUUGAACUCAAAACGUUGUGCAAUCAUUUAUAGUGCCAAUGUCCAUUGGCGAAUCAGUGCUCUUGCUAUAGACCCGCUGACUGGAUACAUGUUUUGGGCCGAAUGUAAAUGGUUUAUGUGGAAUUCUCCAAGUUCAGUUAUCAAACGGUCCGACUGUAGUGGAAACAACAUUAAGACAGUGGUCGAAAAGGGAUUGCUCGAAAUAACUGAUAUAACCUUAGACUCGAUUCAACAAAAGAUAUAUUGGGUUGAUAUGCCUGUUCAAUCCAUUCACAGUGCUAACUAUGAUGGAAAUGAUGGAAAAAUCGUUUAUCAUGCACGUAAUGGUGGACCAAGAUCGUUGUCGUUGUUCGAAGAUAAACUGUAUUGGACCAGUGAUGCGACGGGAUAUUCGAUAUACAAAUGUAAAAUCUUUGCUACAACAAAUGUAGAAUGUGAUACGGUACCCGUUCAAGUGCAUGAACCUAUUGGCAUAUUCAUGAUUAGUCAUGCGUCCAAGCAAAUAAACGAAACGAAUAUGUGCAACCAUGUUAAAUGUGAUUUCAUCUGCGUUUCUGCUCAUAAACAUCCAAUGUGCGUUUGUCCAGAUGGGUCCCAAGUUGAACCAUAUGCAAGCUGUGAAGAUGCUGGCCAUAGAAAAUCACCAACGUUUGCAAACAUAGGAAAAGGCAGUAAUGUUUCACUGUACGCUGCGUUACUUAUAUCGUUAUUAGUUGGACUGGGCAUAUUUUAUUAUUAUAUUUACCAUUACAGAACGAAGCCAUUUAUUUCAAUUCCUAGAUUUCAUUUCCAUAAUCCAUUGUCGACAGUAAACGAAAUAGAUACUAGAGGAGUAAAUAUUCAACACACCCAACUCGAACCUGGUCGACAUGAUUAUGAAAAUCCUAUGAAUGAGGAAAGUUUUAAAGAUGUCCCCGGUGAUGUAGUAUUGCAUUAUACCGAUGCCCGUUCAGUAGACAGUGGUUCUGAAUCUCGUCACACAUCAUUAUCCAUUGCAGAUUACAAAGAAGAUCAGAAAAAAAAACUCAUCGUUUUUUAAAGUAAUUUAUUGCCGGUUAAAACAUACAAAUUUCAUGAGAAUUCAUUAUUGGCAAGUUAAUGUAAAUUAAAACUAAAACACUAUUAAAAUAUGUCUGUUAAAAAUAGAUAUUAAAUUUAUUAUAUUUAUAAAUUAACCGUUGAACAAUUUAUACAGUUAUAUGUACCAAGUGUAAAUUUUUGA